GUAAUCAGUGAGGCGCUGAAGCGGAAGUGCCUGAUCCUGGAUCCUGCUUUGCGCUCCGGCCGUCGCCUCCGCCAGGGCGGCACACGCGGGGGAGGGAGCUGCGCGUGAGGGAGCACCAGGGGCGGAGGAGAAAACACGCACACAUAUACACAGGCAAAAUGGGGGGCUCGGACUCCAAGCUCAACUUCAGGAAGGCGGUGAUACAGCUGACGACGAAAACGCAGCCUGUCGAGGCCACGGACGAUGCUUUCUGGGACCAGUUCUGGGCUGAUACGAUCACCACUGUCCAGGAUGUGUUUGCCCUGGUCCCUGCUGCAGAAAUACGGGCAGUCCGUGAAGAGUCUCCCUCGAAUUUGGCCACACUCUGCUACAAGGCUGUGGAGAAGCUGGUCCAGGGGGCAGAGUCUGGCUGCCCCUCGGAGAAGGAGAAGCAGAUCAUCUUGAACUGUGCCCGGCUGCUCUCACGCAUCCUACCCUACAUCUUUGAGGACCCUGAUUGGAGGGGGUUCUUCUGGUCCACGGUGCCUGGAGCUGGCCGGGACGGGGCAGAUGGUGAUGCUGACGAGGACGGGGCCCGACCGCUCGCUGAGCUGCUGCUCCUGGCCGUCGCCGACCUACUGUUCUGCCCCGACUUCACGGUGCAGAGCCACAGGAGGGGGGCGCCGGACACUGCAGAGGACAUCCAGACCCUGGACAGCUGUGAGUACAUCUGGGAGGCGGGGGUGGGCUUCGCCCAGUCACCCCCCCUCAACUACAUCCACGACCUCAACAGGACAGAGCUGUUGAAGUUGCUGCUCACCUGCUUCUCUGAGGCCAUGUAUCUCCCUCCAUCUUCUGAAAACAACAUCCUCAACCCCUGGGUGACCUUCUUUUGCUCCACGGACAACAGGCAUGCCCUGCCCCUCUUCACCUCCCUCCUCAACGUGGUGUGUGCCUACGACCCCGUGGGCUAUGGCAUCCCCUACAACCACCUGCUCUUCUCUGACUACCGUGAGCAGCUGGUGGAGCACGCCGUGCAGAUCCUCAUCGUGACCCUGGAGCAUGAGGGUGGGGCAGCCCCAGGCCACAGUCAGCCCCUGGACUCCACGGGCUCGCCAGCUAGCCUGGACGACCAGGACUUUGUGGGCCCAGACAACCUGUUUGUGAACUACCUGUCCAGGAUCCACAGGGAGGAGGAUUUUGGCUUCAUCCUGAAGGGUCUAGCCCGCCUGCUGACCAACCCACUGAUUCAGACCUACCUGCCCAACUCCACCAAGAAGAUCCAGUUCCACCAGGAGCUCCUGGUGCUCUUUUGGAAGCUGUGUGACUUCAACAAGAAAUUCCUCUUCUUCGUCCUGAAGAGUAGUGAUGUGCUGGACGUCCUGGUACCCAUCCUGUACUACCUGAAUGAUGCCCGAGCUGACCAGUCACGCGUGGGCCUGAUGCACAUCGGCGUCUUCAUCCUGCUGCUGCUGAGCGGUGAGAGGAACUUCGGCGUGCGGCUCAACAAGCCGUACGCGGUGCGCGUGCCCAUGGACAUCCCCGUCUUCACCGGCACCCAUGCCGAUCUUCUCAUCGUGGUUUUCCACAAAAUCAUCACAAGCGGACACCAGCGCCUGCAGCCGCUCUUUGAUUGCCUGCUCACCAUUGUUGUGAACGUCUCCCCCUACUUGAAGAGUCUGUCCAUGGUGGCUUCCAACAAGCUCCUGCACCUUCUAGAGGCCUUCUCCACGCCCUGGUUUCUGUUCUCUGUCUCGCAGAACCAUCACCUGGUCUUCUUCCUGCUGGAGGUCUUCAACAACAUCAUUCAGUACCAGUUUGAUGGCAACUGUAACCUGGUGUACGCCAUCAUCCGCAAGCGGUCCGUCUUCCACCAGCUGGCCAACCUGCCGUCAGACUCCGCCUCCAUCCAGAAGGCUCUGCAGCGCAAGAAGCGCUCGCCUGAGGGCAUCUCGCGCACCAACUCGCAGGAGACCGUGUCCAUGGAGGGCUCGCGACCCGCGGCCCCCGCUGAGCCCGGCACGGUGAAGACCAGCCUGGCUGCCACCCCGGGCAUCGACAAGCUAACUGAGAAGUCGCAGGUGUCCGAGGAUGGCACCAUGGUCUCUGUACAGCACACCCCGUCGGACCACAGUGACACUGAAUCCAACUCGGGAAGGGAUAACGAGGACGUGUUUUACACAGAGGCCGAAACGGCCCGGAGGCGUCUGUCCAGUGUGUCCUCGGUCUCGAGCUGGACCCCCACCCCAGAAUGGGUGCUCUCCUGGAAGACCAAGCUCCCAUUGCAGACAAUCAUGCGCCUGCUCCAGGUCCUGGUGCCCCAAGUGGAGAAGAUCUGCAUUGACAAGGGCCUGACAGACGAGUCGGAGAUCCUGAAGUUCCUGCAGCAUGGCACCCUUGUGGGGCUCCUGCCCGUCCCCCACCCCAUCCUGAUCCGAAAGUACCAGGCCAACGCUGGUACUGCCAUGUGGUUCCGCACCUACAUGUGGGGUGUGAUCUACCUGCGCAAUGUGGAUCCCCCGAUCUGGUAUGACACGGAUGUCCGACUCUUUGAGAUCCAGAGAGUGUAGGCUUGGUGAUGAGAAGAGAAGAGGAGAUGCCAGGACAUUCAGCUUCAGCAACUGAGGUGCCAAGAGCAGAAGAGAAGGAACACAGCAGAUGUAGAGCUUCACCGAAAACAAAGACACAGAUGACCUGCCUGUAAG